AUGGCUCAUUCUGUACCUGGGGAUCACGAGUUGAUCGGAAUGCACUCUGACGAGGAAAUUGUGGUUCAGGAAGCUCAUCGGGAGGAAAAUGCUGGUCUGGAGUGAAUGCACGGUGCAUGACCGGGGACUGACGACGAGAAGUCGGGGAAAUACAAGUGGUGAGACUACUAGAUCUUUGCUCAGGAAUUACUAACUUGAGUCUCCUAGAAUGCAAUAAACCAGAUCGACAAAGAUGACGAAACUUUCUCAAGUUAGUGUCCAAUUGAUGAUCCUCGAGAUAUUUGCUUUUGACGCCCUCCUCGAGUACAGAAGCCUCAAUAUCAACCAAUGACAAUUCUUCAAUAAUUUCGUCCCACUUGAUCAAUUGCUGAUCAAUUAUAUCAAUACGAUCUUGGAAAUACUCCAAAUCUCUAGGAAAAUCUGAAUAUUCCGAAAUAUUGGGAUCGACGAAGUCAUCACGGGGGGUCUCUAGUGCACUAAUCAAUUCAAGGAUAGAAACAAGAGAAGGGAAAUCUCGAAUCAACUGAUUGAGCCUGGUCGUAAUAUUCCGUCUAAUUUGAGUGGAAUUACGAACAACAGGAGAAAUUGGGGGAGAGACGCUCCGGCUAUCAGCUACGGACAGAUCAACUAGUCGAGAGGCGAGCUGGGGUGAAGACGAGAGGUUUCGCGUGGUCGCCAUGUCAAGACCUUGGUAUAAGUCGUGCUGUAGUCCUGCCUGACUCGCCCGCUACACUAGUUGCUCCUACCUAACGCGGAGACUCAACCCAGCAAGAAAAAAGGUGAACUCACGUGUUGACUUCAAGUACACCGCUCUUCACACCAAGGAAACUUCCCAAAAUGAUCACAAAAUAUAUUUAUUCGCCGGAAAAAGUGACCGAAAAGCGGUCGAUCCAUUACAUUUAUAUCAAAAUAUUCGUAUUUAUGCUAAUUCCUGAGAAUUCUUCACGGAAUCGUGACAUCAGUCAGCUCGAAAAAAUUUCAUCCUUUUUUUCCAACUCCCGAAGCGAAAACCUUUCAAAUUUUAUUCAAAUUUCACAAAAAAUCCUUUUUUUCCAAGUCCCGAAGCGAAAACAUCUCAAAUUUUAUUCAAUUUUCACAAAAAAUCCUUCUUAUUAAACUCCCGAAGCGAAAACAUUUCAAAAAAAUUUUUUUCUUUUUUUGGUAAGGGGUAACCUAUCCGUGGAGUAACCUAUCCGGUGGGGUAACCUAUCCGUGGGGUAACCUAUCCGGUGGGGUAACCUAUCCUCCGAGUUAUGUGUUUUUUGGGGUAACCUAUCCGGUGGGUUACCUAUCCUCGGGGUAACCUAUCCUCCCCAAAUCCACGGAUUUGCUACCUCCCAAUUCCGCGCCGUCGCAAAAACGCCGUUUUGCUACCUUCUCUCUCGCGGAGGAAGCGAAAACGCCGAUUCGCGACCGAUUUUUUUCGGAGGUCGCGAAAAGAAGGAUUCGCUACCGAGACCACGUCGCAAAUAGAUCAUUUCGCUACUUUUCGAAAUUGGUAGCGAAUCCAGCAAACAUUCUCGAGCUCGAGAAAAAAUUCUUAUUCCUUCGCUCUUAUUUCACCUAUUUUUUAAUAUUUUUUUUGUUUUUUAGCUAGCAGGACCCAAUCUGUGUGGCAAAGAAGUGACCACAAGAAAUUUUAUUUCUCAGUUUCUCCACUCAAAAGAUGUACCCGUUGUGAAAGUUCAGAAAAGCCCCUCAAAAUACAUUUUGAGUCAAUUGGGAGAAAAAUAUGCCGUUCCAUUAUUUAUUUCCAAUGGAUGGAACGAGACGCUGAUAUGGUUGUUACCAAGUAAGUAUUAAACUCCUCAUGCAGAAGGUUUUAUAUGCUCCUUGCCGGAGAGCUGUCAAAGAAAACGUUUCUGUUACACUGUUGUAAAUUUCGCUUCUGAUUUAUUUUUCCCAGAAAUGUGGCCUUUGUCGAUACAGUGACGGAACUGAUCCAGUGGCAAAGAACGUAUCAUUUUGCAUCCUGGGAAGUAUCAAAAAAUGUAGCAAAAUGCCUACAUCACCAACUAGAAAACUCCGUUUUCGCGCCCUUUCCCUCACAAAAAGAGCAGGCGCGCGUUAGAAAUCUUAGUUUUUUUUACUUAGAAAGGGAGUCAUUUUGCUACAUUUUUGAUACCUCCCGGGUGCAAAAUGGUACGUCUUUUGGCUCAGGUCCGCCACAGUAGAAAAAAAGCAGAAUUUUUGAUGACUAAGCUUUCAGGAAGGUGUCCGGUUUUUAGCAACUAAAAGGCAAAAAAUCUAGUUUUUUUUUCCGCAUACCGCGGGGGUAUUUUCUAUCAUUUGACCUUUGAGCACAUCUACUGUAAAUUGCAAAAGGAAUGCCUUGUUUUGCUUAUGUUUCUAAACGAUUUUCAGACAAUUCUUUGUGCCAUCCAGACGCCAAUUCUACGGAUAUCCUAAUUACCAAUCAAACCCUCGCCUUCAAUUAUAAAUACCAAUCAUUUGCUCGGUUUGAAUAUGACGACAAUGUGUACUCACGAUAUCUAAAAUCAAUUCACAAGAUGGAUGACGUCACUGUGUUCAAUAUUUUGAUGGAUUUCAGAGAGAGUCUCGGUACGGAAAUGUUUAUCAAUUUGGCCGCCGCAGCUGUUCAAACAAAGAGAACGUCGCUGGUUUGGAAGGUCAUCGUGGAUUAUGUUUACGAGAAAUUCGAUGAUGUCAGCAUACCAAAGGUCAGGGCAUUGUCAAAAAUAAGGCAAGAUACGAAAAUCAAAGACACUUCUGUACAUGUUAAAAUAAUUUUAAAACUUUUUUAGCCGUUGAAAAAGCCAAUUCGAAGAUUGGAACGCCACUUUUUAUGGAAGGAGUCCUCAAACUUGGUCAUCAGGUAAAACACGGCGUUAACGUUGCCGAAUUACCCCUAAAACAUUUGUCUAAAUAUUCUAGAAUCUUUUUCAGACAGCUCCAAAAUGAAGUCUCCUCUUUCUUGGUGGACGCUGAAGUCGGCGAAGCCGUUGAAAAAGCAUACAAACUAUUUCAAACCAAUUUUUCUUCUUGUAAAAGCAAUCUUUGGAGCUGUAAUAGGUAACCAAACAAGUCAUGGUACUAUUUUACUACCUUCCAAAAUCUUGUUUCUUCAGGAUUCCAGCCGACCUCCGACCAGCUGUUUAUUGCGCAGCCAUAAAAUCCGAUUCAAAAAAUCUCAAAUUCUUCAAAAACUAUCAAAAAUCACUUUCGCAGAUCUCACUAAUCCCCCAGGCGUUUGAAUCCGAACUCUCAGCCAUUGAUUAUGCCUUUAAUUGUCAAUAA